AUGACGGUCGAUUUAACGACGUGUUUGACAACCAGGUUGCAUUCCAAAUAUGUUGUCAUGUUAGCGAGCGAAAAAAAUGGCCACUUGGAUCUAGAAGGUUACACUAACGCAGAUUAUGCUGGGAAUAUUACAGAUAGACGUUUUACAUCAGAGUUUGAGUACAAAGGGAUUGCCCAAAGGGUUUGUGAAAUACUGUGGUUGAGGUGGUUACUUGCUGAAAUUGGGUUUAAACCGAAUGCUGCUACAAAGCUCCACUGUGAUAAUCAAUCUGCAUUUGAAAUUGCUAACAAUCUGGUGCAACAUGAACGAACUAAGCAUGUAGAAGUUGAUCGGCAUUUCAUUAAGGAGAAGCUGGAGCAUAAGUUAAUUUCUAUACCUUUUGUGCAUUUUUCAGAGCAGUUUGCAGAUAUAUUGACCCAUGUCGUGUCAAAGCAUCGAUUUGAAGACUCACUUGACAAGUUGGGCAUUACCGAUAUCUAUGCACCAACUUAA